GUGACAAAUAAAUUUGAUUUGAUGUGUUUGACCAAGUGAAAGUAAUUGAUGGUCACUGACAUCAGCCCAAGUUUUCACUAUCCUUUUCACGGUUAGUAAAGAUGUUAUAUAUGUUAUGUUAGUGAUGCAGGACACUUAAAAGGCCCAGUUAUUAGUCUCAAAAUCAUUCAUGCAAUGUUCUAGAAGGCUUAUCAUCAUCCUAUGAUUGGACAUUUAAGUUCGAAUAAGACAUUGAACUGCAUCAUGGGCAGUUUCUGUUUUCCUGUUUUUCAGUACAUUUGCUGUUGUCAAAAAUGUUAUCUGGUGAAACAAAAGCGAUAUUGCAUCUCACUACCAUUAAUUAAGCCCUCUCUUUAUGAAAUCUUUAUACAGCCCCACACUUCACACCAUCAUGUCUGAUGAGAGGUCAGGGGUCAAUUCUGAGGAGGAAGAUGAGGGCAUGACACCCCUGAUUGCUCGCCAGCGGCCACACGACUCCUACUGCCUUGUCUAUGGCAUAUUUUUCAUGCUGGGCAUUGGCUCGCUGCUGCCGUGGAAUUUCUUCAUCACAGCCAAGCACUACUGGCUUUACAAACUAAACAACGGGUCCAGCCUGGCCAGCAACCACGAACUCCACACUGAUCUCAGCGAUUACUUUGAGAGCUACCUUGCCAUUGCAUCCACUGUUCCUUCAGUGUUAUGCCUAGUCCUCAACUACCUCCUAGUUAACAGGCUGUCCUCUAAUGUUCGGAUCCUUUUGUCUCUGGCUGUGAUCCUGCUUGUGUUCAUAAUCACAACAGUGCUGGUGAAGAUGGAUGUGUCUGGCUGUAGAAAGACGUUCCUGGCUGGUACUCUGGCCAGUGUUGCACUGGUCAGUGGAGCCUCCAACAUUUUCAGUGGCAGCAUGUUUGGCAUCAGUGCGUAUUUCCCCAUGAGGAUAUCACAAGCUCUCAUAUCAGGUCAAGCCAUGGGUGGCACUUUGAGUGCAGUAGCAUCUAUAGUGGAUCUGGCUGCAGCAAGUGAUGAGACCAGCAGUGCGCUGGCUUACUUCCUUACCGCUGACAUCUUUAUUAUCUUCUGCAUCAUCCUGUACCUGCUGCUGCCCAAAGUGGCCUACUCCAGGUACUACUUGGGGGCUUCCUGCACUGGCACUGCCACCACAUCUGAUAGCUCUCUGUCCACUUCAAGCAACAAUCCAUCAGGCAUUUCUGUGCCCCCUCUCAGACCCAUCAUGGGAAAGAUGUGGAAGCUGUGUAUAUAUGUCUUUUGGAUCUUCUUCAUCUCCAUCACCAUCUUCCCAGCCAUUUCCUCAGGCAUCCAGUCAGUGGAUAAAGACUCGGGCAGCCCCUGGAGCGGCACCUACUUUGUGCCACUCACUAGCUUCCUGCUAUAUAACGUGGCAGACUUCAGUGGUAGGCAAAUGACCAUUUGGCUCCAGGUUCCUGGCCCAACCAGCCCUGUGUUACCUAUCCUUGUGGCUUGCAGAACUGCAUUAGUUCCGCUCUUUAUGUUCUGUAACUACCAGCCUCGCUAUCACCUGCAACGGGUAUUUUUUGCUUAUGACCUCUUCCCUGUUAUAUUUGUUUGCCUGCUAGGGCUUUCCAAUGGAUAUCUGGGUACUUUGACCAUGAUAUAUGGGCCCAAGGUGGUGCCACGUGACCUUGCAGAACCAGCAGGUGUGAUCAUGUCAUUCUUUCUGGCAGCAGGGCUGGCAGCAGGCUCUGCUUUCUCUGUUUUGCUUGUUUACUUUUUCUGAUUGUAGCACACUUAAAAUGGUCUGUAUGUAGGUGUUUACAUGUACAUGUACUGAUUGCUCUUAUCGAGGGAACUUAAUCAGUCUCAUCAUUGAAAUAUGUGGAAUGCGGACAUUCCGCUGCAUUUUUCUCUGUUGCAUAUUAUGUAAAUUUAAUGUUUUUACUUUAAGGCCAGGUUUAUUCUUAAUGUGUUACUGUGUGUGCAGGUGUAGAUUCAGCUUCACAAAUUUUAUAGCUUAAUACAGUUCACAAAGUUUCUUGCAUUAAUUUUAGAUACAUGAUUGGAUUGGGAAAUGAGGUUAUGUUUUUUAUCCAAAAUGUUUAAUUUGAAAAGAAGCAGAUAAGGUUGGCUGUUGGGCAAGUUUUAUUUGUCUGUGUCAGACAAAUAAAACUUGCCCAACAGCCAACAUUAUCUGCUUCUUUUCAUACAUAUUGUUAAUUCUUACAAGACAAAUAAUUGACCAAACAUAAAGAGCUGUUGGAGGUUUCGUAGGUUGCUAUAGGAAACUAAAAGCAAACUAAGUUUAAACUAUGUACAGAUUAUUUUUUUUUAUUUUACAAAAUAUUUUAUGUAGGUAAAAAAGGGAAAUGUUUACAUUUGUUUUUGUAUUUGAUUUGUGACUAAAUAGACUAAUUGUUGUCAGACGUUUUAUAUAAUCUCCACUAUUAAAUACAUAACAAUCACUCUGAAUGAAAGAUCUUAAGAAGCAUUAGAAUAAGGUUGGAUAUAUCAUUGAGGAUGAAAAAGAAGUGUGUACCAAAUAAGUAAACAUCAUUAAAAAUGCUUUUCAGUGAGUUUACAAAUGCAAAAAGGAUAAGAUAUUCAAGUAUUUUUCUGCUGUUGUAGCCCAACUGACUCAUGAGUUUUCUGCAUUCUGAGAUGCUUUUUAGCUCACCAGAAUUGCACAGAGCAGUUAUUGUAGCCUGUGUGUACCUUCCAUCAAUUAAAGUGACUGAUUAAACACAAAGUAGAGCUGUUCCUAUAGGAUUUUUCUAUCUUCUUUGUAACAUCUCACAUAAAGCUUACAAAGCAGUAUGGAAUCUCUGUUGAAAAAUAUCAAUAAGGGGAGGGUUAAAAAAAAAAAACAAGGCAUUGAAUAUACCCUGGAGCUCUGUGAAGAAAAUAUGGUGCGACAGUCAUAUAACUAAGAACAUCAGGACAUUCCCCUAAAAUUGAUGAGAAGGCCAGGAGAAAUCUGGCAAGGGGUCAGUACAGAACACAGGUACCGUCGCUCCCUACAUGUGAAAUAUAAUCUGAAUUCUUCCUUUGUCUGGGCUACAGGGGAAGGUGGCAAAAUAAAA